AUGGAUAACGAUGAUUUAACUGGAUCAGUAUGGGAUGAUGCUGUAUCACCGAAUGAUAACAAGGAUGACUAUUCAACCACACGAACUACAUCCUCCUUGCAUCAUUCAAUUGUUUCGCCUUUGUCAAAUCAAUUUAAUUCUCUCACUAUCGAAGAUCCUUUUGCAAGUCCAUUAGGUUUUGGUAACGAACGAGAUACUGAUAAUAAUGAUACGUACGAAGAAGACGAGAAGGAAGAAGAAGACGAAGAAGAAACACCGGCAGAUAUUGAUGAUGUUAGUAGGUCACAACAGUCUGAGUACGACGCCGUUGGUGAACAAGCCAAAGAAUUAAAAAAGGAGGAAAAUAAAGAACAUUCCACUCAAAUUUUAUCAGAAUUGACUAGUGGUAUUGAUGAUAGUGAUAUUUUGGAAUCUUCACUUGUUAAAUCACCUGAAAAACUUUUAGCAUCUGAUUCAUUGUUCAAUGAUAAAGGGGCUUCGCCAUUGAGAAUCUCCAAAUCAAGAGGAGAUAUGAAAUCACCAAGUCGACCAACAACAGUAAAAUCUACAAAGUUCAAGGCUACACGUCCAAGAAAGUUUAGUGCUAAAGUUAAUGUACAACAUAUGGAUGAAAAUAACUCAAAUCUGUUGGGUCCAUUAAGUAUAGAAACAACUAGCGAGGGAACAUCACAAUUGAAAGCAGCACAGUCAAAUUCAACUACAGCGUCUGAGGCAAUCGCUAAAGAGACAGAGGCACCACUUUAUGAGAUAGAUAACAAGGAUGAUAGUCAACUGGAUAAAGAGACAGUUAGUAAGAAGCAAAAAGGGUCUAAUCAACAAUCUGACCCACACGCAAAUAAAUUGGAAAUAGCUGUCGGAGAUCCAAUGAAAGUCGGGGAUAUCACCACAGUUCAUAUAGUCUAUACAAUCAAAACUAAAAAUAAGAACUUGGAGUCAAAUUAUUUUCCAGCUACUGAAACAACCGAGGUUACUAGAAGAUACAAGGAUUUCAGAUGGAUAUAUCAUCAAUUACAGAAUAAUCAUCCAGGAAGAAUUAUUCCGCCACCACCAUCUAAACAGACCUACAUUGGAAGAUUUAAUGAAAAUUUUAUUGAGAAUAGACGGUUGUCCUUGGAAAAAAUGUUGAAUAAAAUUUGCAAUAUUUCAGUAUUGGCCAACGAUUCAGACUUUGUGAUGUUUUUGACAAGUGAGGAUUUUGCGAAUGAGUCAAAGGAGAGGGAAAGAGUAUCUGGUUCUGGAGCUUCUGCUCAAAAUAGUGAAUAUCUUGACAGAAGCGAAGAUCUUGCUGUUACUUCUGCGGCAGCAGCUGCGUCCGGUGCUUCAAGUGGAUUCAUGAGUUCCUUAUUUUCCAUGUCUACUAAGGUCACAGAACCAGAUCAGUAUUUUAUUGCAAAGAAACAGUACAUUGAUGAUUUAGAGUAUAACUUGAAACAAUUUUAUAAAACUAUUGAACUCAUUGGUCAACAAAGAAUGGACAUGAUUGGAAUUUUGGAUGAAAUAUCAACUACAAUGGAUGAAUUAUCAGGUUUGGAGAUUUCGAAAGUUACUAGUGACCUCUUAUCUGCCUUCAGUGAAGUUGAACUGAAGAUAAAGGACAAUCUUGAUAGAAUAAAUUUGCAAGACCAUUUAACUCUUGGAUUUACUAUUGAAGAAUAUCUCCGGACUAUUGGUUCAAUAAAUUUUGUUUUCGAUACCAGAUUAAAUGUUUAUCAACAGUUGAAUAACUUUACUCAAGAGUUGAAUAAGAAGCAGAGUCAAUUAGACAAAUUGACUCGCAAACAACAACAGGUUGAUAAGAUUAAACAGCUUAACUUUGAGGUAGAUAAAUUGAAACAAAGGACUGAAGCGUAUGAACAGAGCUUUAAGAAGAUUAGUGAUACUAUCAAAGUAGAGUUGGAAACUUUUGAAUAUGAAAGAAUUGACGAUUUCAGAAACAGCGUGGAGAUAUUUAUCGAAAGUGCUAUUGAAGCGCAGAAAGAAGCUAUUGAAUUAUAUGAAACAUUUUAUGAAAGGCAGAAAUUAGGGGAUAUCUAG